UACAAUACUAUAAUUAAUAGCUUAUGCAAAAAUAAACUCCUGGGAGAUGCCUGUGAUGUGUACUCUGAAAUGAUUGUUAAGGGAAUUUCCCCGGAUGUUGUCACCUACACUACUCUGAUCCAUGGCUUUUGCAUCAUGGGUAAUUUGAAAGAAGCAUUUUCUUUGUUAAAUGAAAUGAAAUUGAAAAACAUCAACCCCAAUCUUUGUACCUUUAACAUAUUGAUUGAUGCAUUAGGCAAGGAAGGUAAGAUGAAAGAAGCAUUUUCCUUGUUGAAUGAAAUGAAAUUGAAAAACAUCAACCCGGAUGUUUGUACCUUUAACAUAUUGAUUGAUGCAUUAGGCAAGGAAGGUAAGGUGAAAGAAGCAUUUUCCUUGUUGAAUGAAAUGAAAUUGAAAAACAUCAACCCGGAUGUUUGUACCUUUAACAUAUUGAUUGAUGCAUUAGGCAAGAAAGGAAGGGUGAAAGAAGCUAAAAUUGUGUUAGCUGUGAUGAUGAAAGCAUGUGUUGAGCUUGAUGUUGUUACUUAUAAUUCUCUAAUAGAUGGAUACUUCUUGGUUAAUGAAGUAAAACACGCAAAAUAUGUAUUCUAUUCUAUGGCUCAAAGGGGAGUGACUCCUAAUGUUCAGUGUUAUAAUAACAUGAUUAAUGGGUUAUGUAAGAAAAAAAUGGUGGAUGAAGCUAUGAGUCUCUUUGAAGAAAUGAAGCACAAAAAUAUGAUUCCUGAUAUUGUGACUUAUACUUCUCUUAUUGAUGGUCUGUGCAAAAAUCAUCAUCUGGAGAGGGCAAUUGCAUUAUUAAAGGAAAUGAAAGAGCAUGGAAUUCAGCCAGAUGUAUACUCAUACACAAUACUUCUUGAUGGGCUGUGCAAGGGUGGAAGACUUGAGAAUGCAAAGGAGUUUUUCCAGCAUCUUUUGGUUAAAGGCUGUCAUCUGAAUGUUUGGACAUAUAAUGUUAUGAUCAAUGGGCUUUGUAAAGCAGGCCUGUUUGGUGAAGCGAUGGAUUUGAAGUCAAAAAUGGAAGGCAAAGGUUGCAUGCCCAAUGCUAUAACUUUUAGAACAAUUAUUUGUGCCCUAUCUGAAAAAGAUGAAAAUGAUGAGAGAAAAUUCUCCGAGAAAUGAUUGCUAGAGGCUUAUUGAAAGAGUAAAACUAGGGGUUGGUGGGAUUCUAAUGUGCCGCUAGGGUUUGGGAGUGGACUUCUUGCGGGAGUGGCAUGGGGAAGCUCUUUCAGUCAUUAGAUAUUGCAUAACUUAAUAGGGUUUGUGGAGUUCGAAACAGUAAAUGCAUUGUUGAGGAGCUCUCUUUUGCUUGUAUUUGUGUUUUUCAUUGUUGUCCUUUUCCUUUUUAGUUGUUAUAAUUGCAUUGCAUUUAGUGUUUUAUGCAGUUUAGCUGUUGUUUUUUUUUUUCUUUUUUCCGUUGACUGUAUUGUACCAAUAUUGUAUUACAAAGAUAAAAACUACUUCAAGACUUGAGUAGAACCCAUACCCCCUCAUCAAAAUUAGAUUGCAAAUUAAAUUGUAGCUUAUUAGAA